UCGGAGUGAGGCUAUCAAAAAGCUGACUGGAAAGACUGUGUGCCGGCGAGGACGCGAGGGCUUCCCCGCUGGCUCGGACUGAGAAGAAUCUGCCUGCAGUGCAGGAUUCUCGGCCAAGGACUUAAACCUUCUGAAACGUUGCUGCUGUCUUCUUUCCCUUUUGUUCCUACGUGGCUUGGAGGACAAUGCCUACGUUCGUCACUCGCAGCUCUCUAGCUCGCAGUUUUCAACUGUAAGUUCCCAUUAUUUCUUUAGGAUCAUUUUUAUUGGAAGACAACUGCAGGAUCGUCGAGAAAGGUUUGACACAGAUUACCAGAUCACCCUAAAGUUGUAUGCAUACAUGAAAAGAGGAAUGCUACUUGUUUUGUAACAAGUAUUAAGUAGCUUUCAAGAGUAUUGUGUGCACGCACCCAUCCACCUCAAACAUCCGCUUGGCGGCGGCCAGACACAAUACAAAAGAUGACUUAAAAGCAAUCAGAAACGCGUACAACAGCUGGGCUAGAAGAGGAAAAAAAAAAAAACAAACAAACCAACUGCUUCACGGGGCCCGGCGUGCAGACCGCGCCUCCCUGGAACUGGGAGAGGGGAGGAGGGGGUCGGAUAUCAUUGGUGAUUGGUUGGCCUCUUCAACCAAUCACGCGCAGCGAGUGAUUUCGCUAAUUGUCGUGAUACACCUCCUCGUGGGCUUUAGAGCUACGUUGACAAAUGGGAAUAGGGCACGUGGGAGGGACAGAAAGUUUGGCCAAUAAGACCUUGGGGCGUUAGGGGCGGGAUGAGGCCGCCGCCAGGUUUAGGGCGGAAGGAGUUGUUCUGGAUUAGAAGGGGAACGAAAGAUGGCGGCGGAAACGCUGCUGUCCAGUCUGUUGGGGCUGCUACUUCUGGGGCUCCUGUUCCCCGCAAGUCUGACCGGCGGGGUCGGGAGCCUGAACCUGGAGGAGCUGAGUGAGAUGCGUUAUGGGAUCGAGAUACUGCCGUUGCCUGUCAUGGGAGGCCAGAGCCAGGCUUCGGACGUGGUGAUUGUCUCCUCUAAGUACAAGCAGCGCUAUGAAUGCCGCCUGCCAGCUGGAGCUAUUCACUUCCAGCGUGAAAGGGAGGAGGAGGCACCUGCUUACCAAGGGCCUGGGAUCCCGGAGUUGCUGAGCCCGAUGAAAGAUGCGCCCUGCCUGCUGAAGACCAAGGACUGGUGGACAUAUGAAUUCUGUUAUGGUCGCCACAUCCAGCAGUACCAUAUGGAAGACUCAGAGAUCAAAGGUGAAGUCCUCUAUCUCGGCUACUACCAAUCGGCCUUCGACUGGGAUGAUGAAACAGCAAAGGCCUCCAAGCAGCAUCGCCUGAAACGCUACCACAGCCAGACCUAUGGCAAUGGGUCCAAGUGUGACCUCAAUGGGAGGCCCCGGGAGGCCGAGGUUCGGUUCCUCUGCGAUGAGGGCGCUGGUAUCUCUGGGGACUACAUUGACCGAGUGGACGAGCCCUUGUCCUGUUCUUACGUGCUGACCAUCCGAACUCCUCGGCUCUGCCCUCACCCCCUCCUCCGGCCCCCACCCAGCGCUGCUCCCCAGGCCAUUCUCUGCCACCCCGCCCUGCAGCCUGAGGAGUACAUGGCCUACAUCCAGAGGCAAGCUGACUCAAAGCAGCACGGAGACAGGGCCGUAGAGGGGCGGCCAGACCUGGCCCCUGCAGCGUGGGGUGAGGCCAGGCCCGGGCUGCUGCCACCAAGGACAGCAGGUGCAAGCCCAGCCAAGGAGAACAGUAAGGAAUCAGAUUUCUGGAAGGUGCUUCACGAGCCAGAGGAACAGCCCUCAGCGAGGGAGACCCAGGCCGAGGAGCAGGAACCAAACCUUGAAACCACAGACCCACGGCCAACCUCUCCCGACGAUUUUCAGAACAACGUACAGGUCAAAGUCAUUAGGAGUCCCGCAGACUUGAUCCGAUUGAUAGAGGAGCUGAAGGGUGGAACAAGAAAGGGGAAGCCAAACGCAGACCAGGAGCAGCCUGGAGAGAGUGCUACAGAAGGCCCUUCCGGGGAACCGGAGGUGGAGGAAAGGGGUGGCCCAGAACAGCAGAAGGAGGUGGAAGAGGAGGAGGAAGAUGAGGAUGAAGGCGAAGACGAGGAUGAACGGCAGCUGCUGGGGGAAUUUGAGAAGGAACUGGAAGGUAUACCGCUCCCAUCAGACCGAGAGCGGCUCCGGGCGGAGGUGAAGGCUGGCAUGGAGCGGGAGCUGGAGAACAUCAUCCAGGAGACAGAGAAAGAGCUAGACCCAGACGGGCUGAAGAAGGAGUCAGAGCGCGAGCGGGCCAUGCUGGCCCUGACGUCUACUCUCAGCAAACUCAUCAAAAGGCUGGAGGAAAAACAGAGCCCAGAGCUGAGGAAGAAGCACCGAAAAAGGAGGGUUGUCCCCAAAAAGCCUCCCCCGCCCCCUCAACCAACAGAGGAGGAUCCUGAGCACAGAGUCCGGGUCCGGGUCACCAAGCUCCGUCACGGAGGCCCCAAUCAGGAUCUGACUGUCCUCGAGAUGAAACGGGAAAACCCGCAGCUGAAACAAAUCGAGGGGCUGGUGAAAGACCUGCUGGAGAGGGAGGGACUCACAGCCGAAGGGAAAAUUGAGAUCAAAAUUGUCCGACCAGGGACAGAAGGGACUGAGGAGGAUGCACGUUGGCUGACUGAUGAGGACACAAAAAACCUCAAGGAGAUUUUCUUCAAUAUCUUGGUGCAGGGAGCGGAAGAGGCCCAGAAGGAGCGGCAGCGGCAGAAAGACCUGGAGAGCAACUACCGCCGGGUGUGGGGCUCCCCCGGCGGGGAGGGCACCGGGGACCUGGAUGAGUUUGACUUCUGAGACCGCCACCGCCAGCUUGCCAAAGAGUCCGGAGUCUUCCUAGACCGGCCCUGCCUCUGUCCCCCACGACCCCCGGGGCCCGGAAGGCGAAGCAGCAGAGAGCUGAGCUGUGAGCUGUGGGCCCCGAGGCCCUCCUGGGGUGUGGAGGGGCGUGGGGCAAGUGCUGCUGCUGCUGCGGAGACCUGGAGGCCUCCCAGGCCUGUGUGAUCUGCUGCCCCUGCUUCUGCCCACACCCUCUCCCUUCCCUCCUGGCUUCCCCUGCCGUCAUGCCCCAGCUCAUGGGUUCCUUUCCCCUGCCUAAGAGCGUUUUGAGAUCUUUUGAGUAGAGCAGGGAGAGUGAGAAGAGUGGGGCCGGUCAGCAGGCCCUAAGGGGUAGGCCCCCCGCCCCUGCCCUAGUCCUGUUGAGUCACCUCCCUGCUUCCCCCAGAUCAGCUUGAGAUAGUCCCUUUUCCUUUCCACACUGUUCCCUACAAAUCUGUGCUUCUGAGUGGAAGCACCUUCUCUCUGUUGCUGAGAAAAAUGGGAAGAAAGUUGCCCACCACCUCUGACACAAUCCCACGAAAAGGGUAGGCUACAGACCCACCUACCAUGUUCUCGAACAAUCAGGUUUCUAAAUAAAGAACUGGACCAUCAAA